GGGACUGCUGCGCUUGCAUUAUCAGACGACAGCAAGAGGGUGCUCAAAUUUCCCUUGACGCUUGAGACUGAGCACUGUAACGCGCAGGUUGCUGCAAGGGCACGAUCGCAAAUGGAAGAGUCGCACAUAAUGCUAGAGCGUGAGAAAGAGAUAUACCGGCAUCUUGGCUUACGAGCUGGCAUCCUUGCGCCGCUUGAAAUCUCGUCUGCUGGCCUCGUCUUUCCGUUUUUCAAAAAUGGGGACCUACGGGCAUAUCUGCAGAAGACAUGGGGCGAGGUUAGGCAGGAUCAGCUGAUGCUUUGGGCAGAGGAGGCCGUUGAGCGGAUAUCCUUUACGCAAUCCAUGGGUGUAUACCAAUGCGAUAUUAGCACGAGGAAUUUUCUUGUAGGGGACGACUUGUCCCUAGUACUAAAUGACUUCUCUGGGUCACGAGUUGGGGACAAAGCGGAGCUGGUUGGGCCGGAGACUAGCUAUGCGAAAGCGCUACAGGAUGAUCAGUAUGGUACACUGCAGGGAUGCAUAGAAGGGGAGGUGUUUAGUAUUGGGAGUCUGCUAUAUGAGAUUCUCACAGGCCAAAAGCCUUAUAGUAAUCUUAGCGACAGCGAGAUUACUCAUCUUUUCCAACAGGGAAGCUUUCCUACUACAAGUACACUAGCUCUAGGUACUAUUAUUCAAGAUUGUUGG